UGAUGGCUAAUACCAAGCAAACGGGCCCCGACUCUCCACCACCAACGGGAAUCGGAUCCCGAAAGAGGACCGAGGAAGUAGGCCCCAGUGGUGGGGAACAAAGGAAGAAAUGGAAGAAUGACGCUCCAACAGAGAGUAUAAAGGGAAAAACUGAGACGUGCAAGUUGCAAGUAGAUAGGCCCACCCUCAGGCCAAACGAUGACGUGGUUCAAGUGAUAGAGGGUCAUGGCAUCAAUGUUUGGUUCAAGCCCGUUGGGAGAUUUGUACUUCCCAUCUGUAGGGAGUUUGAUCAAAAGCUAGGGGUGAGGGAUGAGGACUUGUAUUUGUUGAAAACAAAUCUGAGAGGGAAGGUGAUGGAGAUCAUCCCAGGAGUCAUUGUGAAGGCAUUGCAUUACCAAAGACCUCCCCCAACACCACGGUCUAUCCUUAAAACACCCAUGUGA